AUGUUUUAUUUAUCACUCGCAGUUGCACAAGAGGAGCAAAACAAUCUGCAAACAUAUAUCGUUUGGGUUCAAAGGCCAGUCUUCCAGAAUUCUUUUGCACAAUCUCAUGAAGAUCUGGAGAGUUGGUAUCAGUCAUUUUUGCCUGAAACCAGUGCAAAAUCAAACCAGCUGAUGACGCAGAGAAUGGUUCAUACAUACCACAACGUGGCCAUAGGGUUUGCAGCAAAACUUACACCAGAGGAAGUGAAGGAAAUGGGAAAGAAAGAAGGGUUUGUGUCAGCUCAUCCAGAGAGAAUUCUGCCUUUGCUCACAACUCAUAGUCUUGACUUGGGUGCAAGCAAAGGGAAAGCAACAGGGAGAGCUCCAUUGGACCAAGCUGGCCAUGGCACCCACACGUCUAGCACAGCUGCUGGAAAUUUUGUGGAAGGCGUAAGUGCGUUUGGAGUGUCAAAUGGCACAGCUGUUGGCAUGGCGCCUUAUGCUCACUUGGCCAUUUACAGAGUCUGUGGCCUUGAUUGUGCUGAAGGUGACGUUUUGGCUGCAAUGGAUGCUGCUAUUCAUGAUGGUGUGGAUGUGCUCUUCCUCUCACUUGGCUGGCCCUCGAUUCCUUUCUAUGAGGAUGUGAUUGCAGUUGGCACAUUUGGAGCAAUCUCCAUGGAUUCUCACUGUUGGAGCAAGCACCACGGACAGAAUAUUAAACUUACACCUACAGCCACAAUCUUGUUCAAUGGCUCCACAUCAGAUCCACUCGCUCCAAAGGUUGCUACAUUUUCAUCAAGAGGACCAAACACUGCAAGCCCUGGAAUUCUUAAACCUGAUAUCAUUGGACCUGGUGUCGACAUCCUAGCUGCAUGGCCUUUUGCCAUGGACUGGACACAAUCUAAUGCAACAUUUAACAUAAUGUCAGACGUAUUUGCAAUCGGUGCAGGCCAUGUUAGCCCUUCGAAAGCAAAUAACCCAGGGCUCAUCUACAACACACAACCAGAGGAUUACAUUCCUUAUUUGUGUGGUUUGAAUUACACAGACAAACAGAUACAGGUCAUCACCCGAAAAACAGUGAACUGCUCUCAAAUUGGGGUCAUACCACAAGCACAACUAAACUAUCCUUCAUUUUCUAUUACAACAGGAUCCAAUGAGACAGAGUCUCAGUAUUAUACAAGGACAGUGAGGAACAUUGGCCCGGCUAGUUCAACUUACAACUUGGAUCUUUUUGUACCACAUAAAAUGGGCAUGAGUGUGAAACCUGAGGUGCUUACAUUCACAGAGGUCAACCAGGAGAUUACAUACCAUGUGGAGUUUAUUGCAGAAGAUGGUGCUGGCAAGGAUGGUGUAGCAUUUGGUCAGGGGUAUUUGAGAUGGGUUUCUGAUAAGCAUAUUGUUACUAGCCCCAUAUCUGUGAUCUUUGACUCUAAGUAG